CAUGAUGCAUCUCUGCCUUCCUCUGCCAUUGUAAUUAUUGUAUUGCCAUUUUCGAGUAGUGCAGGAAAACAACCACAAGCUCUUCCUCCUCCUUUUUCCUUCUCUCAAAUUUGAAGCCUAAUUAUAGCCAGAAACCCUCAGAGAAACACAAAGAAAUUCCUAAUUGUGGCCAAUCGAUGAGGUUCCUCACAAAUUUCACGAACUUUCUGUCUGUUAUGUUCGCUUUUCUUGAAAAAUUCCCAGUGAAGAUCAUGCCUAUCCAACUUAAAGACAUGGUCACUUUGGUUUCUCGUACUGGUCGGCACUUGCAACGUUACGACGACAAAGGAUUGCGUCAAGUUGUUGGUUGUAUUCCAUACAGAUAUAGAGAAGCAAAGCAAUCAUCUCCUCUUACUGAUGGAAUUCUAAAUGAGGAACUUUUAGAAGUCCUUGUAAUUAGUGCACAAAAUGGCCAAGGAAUGUUGUUCCCAAAGGGUGGUUGGGAAACAACUGAUGAAUCCAUGGAAAAGGCUGCAAUGCGCGAAACCCGCGAAGAAGCCGGUGUAACUGGUGACAUAGAACGUAAAUUAGGUAGAUGGGAAUACAAGAGCAAGCGUCGAAGCAUUGUUCAUGAAGGGUACAUGUUUCCUCUGCGUGUCAAGGCCGAAUUAGAGUCUUGGCCGGAAAAGAAUAUCAGAGAACGAAGAUGGGUUUCGGUCACAGAAGCUAGAGAAAUAUGUCCACAAUGGUGGAUGAGGGAAGCUUUAGAAGAGUUCGUUCGUCGACAAACAAACCUCAAAUGUAGAGGAAGUGAAGAAUGACAAAACCUUCUCACAGGGACUAACAUCCCUAACAGGAGAUUUGGAGCUCGGUGUUAUGACGUCAAAAGUCUCACAUCGGGCUUGAUCUAUCCACCGGAACCGGUAAACCCAAAGAGGACAAUAUCGUUGGUUGUAUGGGGUGCAGAUUUCUGGUAUUCGGUUUCUACCAAAACCGGUAACUGGUUGAGACGUAGAUCCGCGAAGCCGUUGAAGAAACAUAUAAAGAAAAGGAACUCAGUGUAAUUCAAUUCAUUCUUUCAUGUUAAUAAGAACUUUGAGUUUGAUUCUCAACAUUGGGUUUCUGUGUUCUUCAGCUUGAGAAGAUUAGGUUUGCAGGAUCUAUUUGUCAAGUAGUGAAAACAAGUUGUGUUGAUGGAGCUGUAACAACUAACAAGUUGAUGAUGAUGGAGAUGUUAGGUUGGAUUUUAGUGAGAGGCUACUGCAUUCAUUCAUUUGGACAGUUGACUUGAUCACAAUCUCAAGUCGUUUGAGAGAGAAUAUAUUGGUGCAGCAAUUUAAGACCACACUUUAUUUCACACACACACAUCCACAUCCCAUUAGAUCUAAGUCUUCUUCCACAUAAAUGAUUGGGAAUCCAAGAUUAUGCUUUCAUUUGUACUCUACAAUGUAUUUUUUCUAAUAUCUAAGGGACUCCUUUUGGCA